CAGAGCAACGAAGAGCACAAUCGGUGCAGAAAGUGAAUGAAGUGAAAGGAUAAGAGACUCAGUAAAUUGCAUAAGGAUUAUCCGAACAACAGUCAUAACUACACAAUUGGAUUAAUAAACUUGACACAAAAAAGGCUUCACAAUGAGAAUAAGAACUAGCCUUUUGGCAGUUGUACUGCUGGCCACCGCCUCCUUGGCCGAGGAAUCCAACUGGGGCAAUGAGUGGGCGCCCAUGGAGGAUGCCAUGCCCAGUCGCCGAUCCGUCGAUACCAAACCCGCCGAACAAGCUGACAUUCAGGGACGUUACCUGGUCCACGAGUCCAUCCAGAGCAACAGCACCACCCAGAUCGACGAAGUCAUCGAGCAGCUGAUCAACUCCCGCCGUGAGGGUCGUAAUCUGGGGGAAUACGAUGCCGUCUAUGCUGAUGGUAAUAUCGAUCAGGCCCUGCAGCAGGGAAACGACAUGCAGGCCCGCAAUCUUAUCCGGGAUAAGCUGUGUGGAUUGGGACUGAUGAGCUGCGAUGUGGAGGAGAAGCGUCCCUUCUACUCGACCAUCUAUGCCCAGGGUCCCCCACCACCAUCCGGCUUCAGCGGUGGUCCCUAUGGUCCAGCUAAGCCCAUGCCCCCACCAAGCUACUUUAGUGGUCGCCCGCCAAUGGGUGGACCUCCUGGAUCUUACGGACCUCCGCCAAGCUCCCUGAACUCCUUUGGACCUCCGCCCAGCUCUGUGAACUCCUUUGGACCUCCCAGGAAGGUGGGAUACGAGGGACCAUACAAGCCAAUGUCUGGACCUUACAGGCCAUCUGGACCCGGUGGCUACCUGGAGCAUCCUCCACCAUCCGCCAUUGACGGCUCAUCCGACGGUAUCACCUACACGAAGCCACCACCCGGAGCCCUGAUCUACGACAGCAAGCCACCAGGACCCAUCUACACCGGAGGUCCUUCUCUGGGUGCUGGACCCGUGUUCACAGGUGCUUCGAAUGGAGUUCCUCCAUACAACUACGAGAAUCCCGCGGGUGGCAUCCAGGGUGCCAGCUCUGCUCCCAAUGGCUUCUACUCGCAGCAGUCUUCAGCUUCCUCCUCCUCGGCCACAUCCUCCAGCACCAAAGUGGUGGUUGGAGCACCGCUCGAUGCUCUGCAGCAACAUGUGCAUCAUCACUAUCACCAUGUUGAAGGUGGAGAGGGAGCCAAGGUUCCUAGUGUGCCAAUUCCCAUCGGAGCUGGCCAGACCAUUAACACCGACUUCAGUGCCCUGGCCCAAUCCUCUGCCACAUACACGCCCUCCAUUCAGACUUCUUCCGGCUCCAGUUACUCCCAGUCCAAUGCUUUCAAUGCUGGCUUUAAUGGUGCUUCUCAGGGUGGACUUCUUUCGCAGAACGGUUUUGGAAUCUCCCAGAAACCCACUGGAGAUCUGUACAAACCAAACUCUGGAGAUCUGUACAAGCCCAACUCAGGCCUAGGAAACUUUGGCAGCAGCUCCUCUGGAGGAUUCAGUGGAUCGCCCAGCUCCAGUUAUCACAGCCAGAACCCGGACUACUACAAGAAGGAGCUGCAAGGUGGAGCAUCUAACCAGUACAAUGGCAUCUCUGGUGGUUACCAGGGUCAGGGACAGUACCAGAGUGGCUAUGACACCUCGCGCCAGCAGAUCGUCGACUGCCAGUGUGUGCCCAUCUCUCAGUGUCCCGCUGCCGAUCGCAUUGGUCGCAAGGAGGAUCUCAUUCUGCCCAUUGAUCCCCGCAACCUGGGCAAGGACAUUGAGGCUCUGAGUGACGAUGCUCUGUCCAGCAAUGCUACCACUACUGCUGAGGCUAAGAAGGAUGAGGAGAAGGCGGACAAGGAUGACAAGAAACGCACCCGCCGCCAGGCUGAUCAAAAGGAUGACGAAGCAAGCGAUCUCUCACUCGAUGCUCAAGGGAGACAGUCCCCGCUCGAAGGAUCUCCAUUGGCAUUGCCCGCUCUCCAGGCCAUCGAGCUGAUCCAACGCAAAGUGCUGCCCACCUACGGUGUCAGCUUUGGUCUGCCCUAUCCCAACGGCGGGUAUGGAGGCUAUCCCUCGAAUAUCCUGGGUGAUCAUGUACCCGCUCAAAACCCGUACUUUGGUUCGGUGGGUCCAAAUGGUCUGAAUCUCGGUCUGGUGAAUGUGAAUCCUUUGGUAUCGGUUCAGGUGGCCAAAACAGAAUAUGGCGAGAAGGUGGUGAAGCCACUGGUCAAUCUGCAUGUCACCCCAAAUGCGAAUCUUAUCCAGAAAGUGGGAGACUUCUUUAAGCGGAAGCCCACCGAAGCGUAUAGUACCCAUUACCACCAUCACGAUCAUUAUAGUGGCUAUGAGCACCACGAUUACGAUCACCAUGACCACCACUCUUAUCCGCAUUUCUAUGGAGGAUCUGGCCCGGGUCCCCAUUUCAGUGUGGAAAUGGUCCCAAGUACUCCCAUCUUUGAGUAUCACAGUGGCCCUUCUGUUCAGUAUCAUCACCACCACGAACCGUCUCCCUACGAGAGCUCCUUCAACUCUAUAUAUCCCGGAUCCAGUCCCGAUUUCGGGGGCUUUGGCGAGUACUCACAGCAUGUGGAGCGAAGUGCCAAUGUGAGCGGUGGUGAUACAGACAGGCCAUCGAAUUCCGGCCGUCGUGGCAAACAGUUGAACCUGGGACCCCUCUACAACAUUCCCACUCCGGCUCCUGGUGAGGCUGCUGGCAGUGAUCGGAUCACUUUCCCCCGGGAUCGAAGGCGCAGGAGCGUUGAGGAUGGUGUGUGGGCGGGAGCAGCUCCUGAGGAGCAGCGUGCCUAUUAUGGAAACCGACCCGUGGAGAAGACCUGCCGCAUCAACGAGGUCUGCUGCCGUCGUCCACUGCGUCCCCAGGCUCCUCCCCAGCAAUUCGGUCGUUGUGGAGUAAGGAACGCCGCUGGAAUCACCGGUCGCAUUAAGAAUCCCGUCUACGUUGAUGGAGACAGUGAGUUCGGCGAGUAUCCCUGGCAUGUGGCCAUUCUGAAGAAGGAUCCCAAGGAGUCGAUCUACGCCUGCGGUGGCACCCUCAUCGAUGCCCAGCACAUCAUCUCCGCUGCCCAUUGCAUUAAAUCUCAAAAUGGCUUCGAUCUUCGUGUGCGUCUGGGCGAAUGGGAUGUCAACCACGAUGUGGAGUUCUUCCCCUACAUUGAACGCGAUGUGGUUUCCGUGCACAUCCAUCCCGAGUACUAUGCCGGCACUCUGGACAAUGAUCUGGCCGUUCUGAAACUGGACCAACCCGUUGACUUCACCAAGAAUCCGCACAUUAGUCCCGCCUGUCUGCCCGACAAGUAUUCCGAUUUCACUGGAGCUCGUUGCUGGACGACUGGAUGGGGCAAGGACGCCUUCGGCGAGCACGGAAAGUACCAGAACAUUCUGAAGGAGGUGGAUGUACCAAUCCUGUCGCACCAGCAGUGCGAGUCCCAGUUGAGGAAUACCCGUCUGGGCUAUAGCUACAAACUGAAUCCCGGAUUUGUUUGCGCCGGCGGAGAGGAGGGCAAGGAUGCCUGCAAGGGUGAUGGCGGUGGCCCAUUGGUGUGCGACCGGAAUGGAGCCAUGCACGUGGUCGGAGUGGUGUCCUGGGGCAUUGGAUGCGGCCAGGUGAACGUUCCCGGCGUCUACGUUAAGGUCUCCGCCUACCUGCCCUGGAUCCAACAGAUCACCCAGAGCUAUCAAUGAUUAACGGAUCAGCUGGCUGACAAGGAGGAGGUGACUGGCUACCAUGCAAAUAU